AUGGCACUCCUUGAAAUUGCCUGCUUCAAUCCGGACUCUGCCGUGGCAGCAAGUGAGGCCGGGGCAGAUCGCAUCGAACUCUGUGAUAAUGCAGAUGUUGGAGGGACCACGCCACCCUUGAGUUGGCUUACCACUUUGCGCGACAAGAUCAAGAUACCUAUUAAUGUCAUGGUUCGUCCCCGAGGCGGUGACUUUGUCUAUUCGGUCGAAGAAUUUCAGGAGAUGAAAGACGUCAUAUUGAGGUUUAAACCAAUUGCAGAUGGCUUUGUCUUUGGCAUCCUCAAGCAUGACCGGAGUGUCGAUGCUGUAAGCACCUCAGAAUUGGUCAAGCUGGCUGCUCCUUUGCCGUGCACGUUCCAUCGCGCAUUUGACGAAACCACAGACUUGUUCCAGGCACUCGAGGACAUCGAUGGUUGUGGGAUUCGUACCAUUCUGACCUCUGGUGGAGCUUCCAGUGCCGUUCAAAACUGUGAUGUUUUGGCCCAGCUUGUGAAGCAAGCAGGUGGUCGAGUUGUGGUCAUGCCAGGUGGAGGCGUCAGGUCAACAAACAUUGCGGAAUUGAAAGCGAGGACGAAUGCCCUUGUGUAUCAUUCUUCGGCCCUGAUUGCGGGACAAAAUAUUGCUGAUAUAGCUGAGAUCGGGCAGAUGAAGGCGAUACUGCACCCAAAGCCAUGA